AUGUAUCACUCAACCUCAACACUUGUCUCACAUGGCUACUCACCUAACAAUGAAUGUCAACUAUCAAUCCCAAAUUCUACAGCAGCUCGCCCCACGCUCUCAAGCAGCAGCCCAGCUAGACAAAAAUCCUCCUCAGAAGACAUUAUUAAUCCCAAGCUUGCAGCAUGCACUGGCAGAAAUCUUACCAACAGCACCAAUUCCACAUUCAAUAUUCAAGACCUCAGCUUUAAUCCCCUGAUGACACAAGAAGAUAGCAACCUGAAUCUUGACAACCCCAUCUUAACACCAAUCGGCCAUGAUGGGGAAGCCGAUCAAGCUGUGAACAGAACUGAAGAUGCGGAGGAUGCUGAAGUACAUCUUGACACACUUUCUGGAGAGCUAAUGGAGGAAAUUGCGGAGAUGGAGCUUGAUGCCCUGCGCGAAAAAGAGGCGCUCCACACAAAGGUCAAGCGACUUCCAGCAUACCUGAAGGUGGAGGUAGCCAACCUCUAUUACGAGUUCCAGCGCAGCUCCACAUACUUGCAAUCAAGAAUCAGAUACACGCCACGCUCUUUUAUAUGCACCUCGGUCAAGUUGUUUGGACGCAAGGAACCACCAAUUAUAACAAGUUUUGUUGGUUAG